UGUAGCCUUACAGAGCAUUUGUUUUUGUUUGUUUUUUAGAUGGGGUCAUUUGAAAGCCCUAUCUCAUGAAGAAAUGUCCUGCUAGGAGUGAUCUACAUCAGUAUGAGGUUCCCAGCCUGUAAAGCUAACCACGGCAGAGGUUGUCAAAAUCUGAUAAGUUCUUUUCUAUACGUGUGUACACCCAACAUGCAGUGAAAUGGUCCUACUUUGGCUGCUGCUUUCUUUUAUUGGCUUUAUGAGUAAGGUUGCUCAAUGAUGUGUAACCCCAAAAGCAGCUUAACCAGUUUAUUGAAAGGAAUUUGUGUUUAACUUCCAUAAAAUUGUAAAAAGUCCAUUUUACUUUUGCAAAUGAAAUAAGAAUAGUUCUUUGUGUGUUUCUUGCCUUUACAGCAUCAUGCAGGCUGUGUUAGAACAUGCUAUUCCUUCUAUGCACACCAGAGAGGCAGAAAAUUGGUCAUUUCCAGCUGAUGCAAGGAAAAAUGCCCGACAUGUACACCCGCCUGGCAGCUUGUCGGCAGUAUGUUUAUAAUGUGGCAAAGGCCUGCAACCAAGGACAUGCCAAUCCAAAGGACUGUGCCGGGUGAUUCUGUAUACAGCAGAGUCGGCUACUCAGGUGGCUCUAGAUGGUAUCCAGUGUUUGGGGGCAACGGCUACAUCAAUGAUUAUCCCAUGGGCCGCUUCCUUCGAGAUGCUAAACUGUAUGAGAUUGGGGCUGGCACCAGUGAAAUUCAAAGAAUGGUCAUCAGCAGAGCCUUCAACGCUCUGUACAAAUAACCAGGAUCUCCUCACAAUGGCCUUGUGCUGUACAGACUGGGGAUUAGAGUGUUUAUUCAUGGGACAUUUCUCCCAGAUACAUCAUGUGUUUGUAUCAGGAAACUCUCAGAACCACACACAGAGGAACCAAUAAAUGAGUGUGAUACAGGACUGGCAUUGUACUCGUGCUGAGACAGUGACCAACAAGGACUGAUGGCAGAGCUCUCUAUGUUUAAUACAAACGCUCAGAAAUAAUGGAACCUUCUAAACAGGAGUGAGGGAUACUUUGUCAUUUUGUGAUAAUGUCGGAGUUAAAAAGUAACCUCAACACUAACUAUACAUUAGACAGGUCCACGUGCCAAAGUCUCUCUUGCAGCGAACGCAACUUUAUGAAAGUAUUUGGUGUUGUGCAGCACCAACAGACUGAUUAUGAGCCCCCCGGCAAUGAAUGUGUUAAUAAGCUAUACACUGACCCUGCUGCACAGGGGAACAUAUUCUGCGCCUGUAGGCUUAAAGGGGUUGUUCACCUUCAACGUUUAGUAUGAUGUAGAGAGUGAUAUCCUGAGACAAUUUGCAAUUGGUUUUCAUUUUUUAUUAUUUGUGGUUUUUAAGUUAUUUAGCGUUUUAUUUAAUGGCUCUCCAGUUGCUAGGGCCCAACUUACCCUAGCAACCAUGCAUUGAUUUGAAUAAGAGACUGGAAUAUGAAUAGGAGAGGCCUGAAUAGAAAGAUGAGUAAUAACUAGUUGCGAUAACAAUAAAUGUGC